CAAGUUCUAACAAGACGAAGAAGAAAAAAAAUGAUGAGGGGAAACAACUUUGUUCUCAUCUUACUCUUCUUCUUCCGGAUGCAAGUCAGAGAAGCACAGAAUACCGAUGUCAAAGUGGGAAUCGUGACCGAUGUCGGAAGGGAAAACUCCGACAUAACUUUGCUUUGUAUCAGCAUGUCUCUCUCUGAUUUCUACUCUUCUCACCCAGAAACCAGGACAAGGCUUAUAACCACCAUUGUUGACUCCAAAAACGAUGUUGUUCUCUCAGCAGCAGCGGCUCUUGAUCUGAUAACGAACAAGGAAGUGAAAGCGAUUCUAGGGCCAUGGACUUGGAUGCAGGCUCAAUUCAUGAUUGAGAUGGGACAAAAGUCUCAGGUGCCAACUGUUUCAUACUCUGCAACAAGUCCCUUCCUAGCUUCCAUCCGUAGUCAAUACUUUUUUGGUGCUACGUAUGAUGAUUCAUCUCAAGUGCACGCCAUUAAAGCAAUCAUCGAACUUUUUAUGUGGAGAGAGGUAGCACCUGCGUAUGUUGACAACACCUUCGGGGAAGGUAUAUUGCCUAGUCUUACCAAUGCGUUACAAGAGAUUAACGUUCGUAUACCUUAUAGGACCGUGAUUUAUCCCAAUGCCACGGAUGAUGAAAUCUCCGUGGAACUUCUCAGGAUGAUGAAUCUACCCACUAGAGUAUUUGUUGUUCACAUUGCUAAAUUGCUUGGCUCAAGAUUUUUUGCCAAAGCUAAGGAAAUUGGUAUGAUGAAACAAGGAUAUGUCUGGAUCCUCACCAACUCCAUUGCCGAUGAUCUGAGUAUCAUGAAUGAGACGGAAAUUGAAACAAUGGAAGGGGUCUUGGGUGUAAAGACUUACUUUCCGAGAUCCGAAGAGCUUGAGACAUUUAAAUCUCGAUGGAAGAAGAGAUUCCCAAACUCUGACCUGAGCGUGUAUGGAUUAUGUGCUUAUGAUGCCACUACUGCACUAGCACUGGCCAUCGAAGAAGCUGGGACAUCAAAUUUGACUUUUGUCAAGACAGAUGCCAUGAGGGAUAUGUCUGAACUUCAAGGUCUAGGUGUAUCUCAAUAUGGUCCAAAACUUGUUCAGGCACUCUCUAGAGUUCGGUUUAAAGCUCUUGCUGGCGAUUUCCAGUUUAUUAAUGGACAACUGCACCCGUCAGUAUUUGAGAUUGUUAAUGUGGAUGGGCGUGGAGGAAGGACCAUAGGAUUCUGGAAGAAAGAACAUGGACUCUUGAAAAACUUGGAGCAAAAACCAGCUACCACGACCACUUCCUCUACUUGGCAAGAUCGACUCAGACCAAUUAUUUGGCCUGGAGACACUAUGUCCGUACCCAAAGGAUGGGAGAUACCGACAAAUGGAAAAAGGCUGCGGAUUGGAGUCCCAACUAAUAACGGCUUCAAACAAUUUGUGAAGGCUACAAGAGAUCCCAUCACCAAUUCAACAAUCUUUAGUGGAUUUUGCAUCGACUACUUUGAGGCAGUAAUUCAAGCAAUGUCCUAUGAUGUUUCCUAUGACUUUAUUCCUUUCGAAGAUGUCAACUACGACACCGCAAUCUACCAAGUGUAUCUCGGGCUUGAAUAUGAUGCUAUGGUGGCAGAUACAACAAUGUCGGCAAAUAGGUCAAUGUAUGUUGACUUCUCAUUACCAUACACACCAUCUGGUAUAGGUGUGGUCGUCCCUGUUGAAGAGAGUGUUAAAAGAAGCAGUAUCAUCUUUUUGACGCCUCUGACAUUGGAACUUUGGGUAAUCAGCCUUUUGUCCUUUUUCAUUAUUGGCCUUGUCGUAUGGGUUCUUGAACACAGAGUAAACCCUGACUUUGAUGGGUCUGUCAAGUAUCAGAUCAGUACUAUAUUCUGGUUUUCUUUCUCCAUUAUAGCAUUCGCACCAAGAGAAAGAGUGCUUAGCUUCUGGGCAAGGCUCGUUGUCAUCAUUUGGUACUUCUUAGUACUUGUGUUGACUCAAAGUUACACUGCUAGUUUGUCGUCGCUUCUUACAUCACAACAACUUGAUUCAACAAUAACCAGCAUGAAUAGCUUGCUGGCAAAAGGAGAACCUGUAGGAUAUCAACUGAGUUCCUUCCUUUUGGGAAGACUCCAGGAAUCAGGUUUCUCAGAUGCUAAUCUUGUAACCUAUGGGUCUGCCGAAAACUGUGACGACCUACUGAGCAAAGGACCCCAAAAAGGUGGUAUUUCUGCAGCUUUCAUGGAAGUGCCGUACGUGAAACUCUUUCUCGGACAAUACUGUAACAAGUAUAAAAUGGUUGAAACGCCAUUCAAGUUUAAUGGAUUAGGCUUCGUCUUUCCCAUUGGAUCCCCUCUAGUCGCUGAUGUCUCAAGGGCCAUUCUACAAGUGCAAGAGUCCAACAAGCGGCUUCCACUACGUUUCACGCGGGUGAAUGGCAUCAACAAAGCAGGGAAGAAGAUAACUCUGAUGGGUCAAGACGGAGUAAACUGGAUGGUGCUUCUUACGAAUGAAAACGAACGUGGAAGAAUGAGACUAGGAAGAGGCUGGAAAGGAUUUUGUGAAGCUCAUGGUGUAAAGAUAGGAGAUUCCUUUGUUUUGGAACUCAUGCGAGAGAAAGAUUCAAGUCAUGUGCUUAAGUUCUGCACCAAAUUAAAUUGUGUGUGAAGCUGUUGUUCUAAAACAUGUAAGCUUAGUUCACUUUUGUACACUCUUUUAUGUCUGCUUUAUCUGAAUCUGCUUUGGUUCCCUCUUUUGUACCACUUGUAAACUUAAUUGGAUAAGACA